AUGAAAUCAUUUCUACCGCUUCUCGUUGCAGCUGCUUGUCUGAUCUACGUGCAAGCACACGGUGGAGGACAUGGUGGAGGAGGCGGACAUAGUGGAGGAGGACAUAGUGGAGGAGGACACUCUGGUGGAGGAGGACAUUUCGGUGGUGGAGGAGGACAUUUUGGAGGAGGUGGUUGGGGAGGCGGACAUCACUGGGGUGGCGGUGGAUGGGGACACCAUUGGGGUGGAGGCGGAUGGGGAGGUGGUCACCACGGUGGAUGGGGAAAUGGAGGUGGAUGGGGAAAUGGAGGCGGUUGGCAUCAUGGCUGGGGCAACGGCGGAGGAUGGGGUUGGAGACAUCAUUACUGGCCCUCGUACGGUGGUGGUAAUUAUGGAGGAUAUGGAGGAUAUGGAGGAUAUCCAUAUUAUGGAUAUGGUGGCCUAGGAGGCUUGGGUCUUCUCGGGUAUGGUCUUGGUGGCUACAGGUAUGGUUACCCUGGAUAUGGAUACAGCGGAUAUGGUUAUGGGUAUCCAAACUACUAUGGAUACAGUAGUCCAUACUACAGCUAUGGCUACAAUAAUGGCUACAAUAAUGGCUACAAUAACUACAAUCAGAAUUAUGGAAGUUAUGGAAGUGGAUGUCAAGUGAUAAGCUGGCGACGUCGUCUCUUCGGCGGUAUCAUGUACACUUGCUAUUGCUCGGCUCGUGGAGCCUAUGUUCAACAAAUUAACGGAUGUCCAGCUUAU